AUAGCGCUUCUAUUCUCCCCCGCCCACCGCGGCACCGCCGCCGACUCCGAUCUCGGUCGACCUACCCAGUCCGCCACCGUCUACCGCCGCCCCCACGACGAUCCAGUCUCUGUCGCUGCCCCGCCUCCCCUCCUCUUCCCGCUGCCUCUCUCGGUCUCCCUGCCCCGCGCGCAACCGGAUCCAGGUGACUCCGGCCUGGACACGUCACCAGACUUCCUCUCCGCCGUCUGAUCGGGUUAGCAAAAGGAAAACCGGCCUGCUUCGCGAGGAUAAGAAAAGGUAGCAAUAGCACGGGUAAGUAAAAACGAGCUGUAGCUGUCUGCCGGUCGGUCUGUCCGGUCCAUCCCCGAGACCCGACUGCGUUCCUUCUCCUUGUCGAUGGAGGAAACCCUAGCCGUCGAAUCCGCCGCCGGCGAGACGGCGGCCGCGCAGGCGCCCGAGCUGAACGAAGAGACGCUCGAGGAGGUGCUCUCGAGGCAUAGAAAAGAGAAAUCGAAACUCCAGGAUAAGGAAACGAGCCUCAAGAAAGCUGCUGCAAAAGGAAGCAAAGCUGAGCAGAAGGCGAAGAAAAAGCAGGUAGAGGAAGAGAUCACACGCCUCUCAUCUGAGUUAGAGGCGAACCAUGCUGCAGAGCUUGCUUCCUUUGGGUACAAACCCUCUGGUAGCUCAGAGAAGGGAAACCUCGACAACUUAGUGAAGGCCAUAGCCGGUGUUUCAGUUUCCAGCAAUUCGGAUUCAGCAAAGCUCAGCAAGGGAGCACGCCGGCGAGAGAAGAAGGCGAAGGAGGAAGCUGCCCGAGAGCAGCGGAUCCAAGAGGAACAAAGCAAUCUCGUGAGCGACCGCAUGCUAGAAAACGAGAAGCUCGAAAGGAAGCUCGAGCCCUUGGGGCUGACCGUCCAAGAGAUAAAGCCGGACGGGCACUGCCUGUACCGAGCAGUUGAAAACCAGCUGUCGCUCCACUCCAAUGGCGCUGCACGGUACAGUUACCAGGACCUACGGCAGAUGACGGCCAAGUACAUGAGGGAGCACGCCGCCAAUUUCCUUCCCUUCUACUUAGCGGAAGGCAAGGCCGAUGUUGGACCAGAUCCCAUGGCGAGCUUCGAGAGGUACUGCGAGGAGAUGGAGUCCACCGCAGCUUGGGGCGGGCAGCUCGAACUCGGCGCGCUGACCCACUGCCUGAAGAAACAUAUCGUCGUCUACUCAGGCUCCUUCCCGGACGUGGAGAUGGGUAAGGAGUACAAAUCUGGACCUGGAGGUAGUGGCGCCGGCGGUGCGAGCAUCAGGCUGUCGUUCCACAGGCACGCCUAUGGUCUCGGCGAGCACUACAACUCGGUGGUUCCAGCCGGAUCAUCCUAGCAAGAGAAAGGUGGAUGCUCUGAUGGCCUCUAAUACUUCUUGAUUUGAUUGUUUACGGGUGGCACUUGUCUGAGUCUGAAACACAAUAGGCCACUUUUCUUUUUCCCAGUUGCUGUAAUCCCUGUCAUGAGUAGAUGAAGGUUGAGUGUACCAAUCAAAGCUGUACCGGGGAGUUUGUUUCCCAAACAAUUUUGCUCUCAUCAGUUUUAUGUCUGUGGUUUGAUUUG